UCUCUCUGGCUUCUCCAUAGAAGCUCGCGCUCUCACAAGUAGACACUCUUCUUUCCUGCUGCUUGAAGAAAACCCUAAUCCCCAUUUCUUCGUUUACUUUCUCACUCUUCCAGCCGAGGAGAAAUCUUCCGGCGAAUACAAAGAAACGGUGACAAUUUGCUAGAUCUAGAGUAGAACCUGCUAAGUAUGCGCCGCUGAGAAAUUCCACGAGGAAGUAGACGGGGAAAUGUCGAGCUCUGACCCGAAACCCAGACCCAAACCGGGUCAAUGGCCUCCGGCGCCGGAGUCCUCCCCAAUGCCGCCGUCUUCUUGGGCUAAACGCACCGGAUUCCGCCCCAAAUUCUCCGGCGAGACCAAUGCCAGUGAUUCUGGUCAGGUCGCGUUGCCUGUUAAAUUGAUGGGCCAAAUGACCCCACGAAUCCUCGUUAUCAAAUAAUUGAUUCUCUCUCUACCAUCUCCCCAUCAAGAAUGUCUUGAUCAUCUUAUAUAUGGAAAAUGAUAUUAUUAUAUUUUAAAAAAACGUAAAAUGCAGACAAAUGAUCUACCGGCGGCUGCUACUGCUUCUGGGAAGGAUCAGCCGGUGAAGAGGCGGAGAGAUUCCGACGGAGGUUCGGGGAAGGAGCGGGGACCGGUUGCUCCGGCGAACGGAUUCAGCGGGGCAAACGGAUCGGGUGAACCGAUUAGGAGACCGACCCGGAAUGAGGAGACGGUGGAGGUUUUGCCGCAGAGCAUGGAUGAUGACUUGGGCGCUAGGACUUUGCACAUGAAGUAUGGACUCAGAGACACACCUGGGCUUGUUUCCAUUGGGUUCCAUGGUUUCCAGCAUUAUCUGUCAAUGUUAGGCUCAUUGAUUCUCGUUCCACUGGUCAUAGUUCCUGCAAUGGGUGGUUCUCACGAAGACAUGGCUAAUGUUGUCUCCACUGUACUCUUUGUUUGUGGAAUCACAACUUUGUUGCAUACUUCAUUCGGGUCGAGGCUGCCUCUGGUUCAAGGUCCUUCCUUUGUUUACCUGGCUCCGGCUCUGGCUAUUGUAAACUCCCCGGAAUUCCAAGGACUGACCGGAAACAACUUCAAGCAUAUUAUGAGGGAACUGCAAGGUGCUAUAAUUAUCGGUUCAGCUUUCCAAGCAUUACUUGGAUACAGUGGUCUAAUGUCGCUGCUUUUGAGGUUGAUUAAUCCAGUGGUUAUUGCUCCAACAGUGGCUGCCGUUGGACUUUCAUUUUACAGCUAUGGUUUUCCUCUUGUUGGUAAAUGUCUUGAGAUUGGGGCAAUGCAGAUACUGCUCGUGGUUAUUUUUGCUCUUUACCUUCGGAAGAUCUCGGUUUUGGGUCAUCGUGUUUUCCUUAUUUAUGCGGUUCCAUUGGCUCUGGCAAUCACAUGGGCGACCACAUUUCUAUUAACGGCAGCAGGAGCAUACAACUACAAGAGCUGUGACCCGAACAUCCCUGCCUCAAACAUAGUAUCAACUCACUGUAGGAACCAUGUGUCUAGAAUGAAGUACUGUCGGGUUGAUACUUCUCAUGCAUUGAGAUCUGCUCCCUGGUUUAGGUUCCCUUACCCCUUGCAAUGGGGCACUCCGGUUUUCAGCUGGAAAAUGGCUCUUGUUAUGUGUGUGGCGUCCAUAAUUGCUUCGGUAGACUCGAUCGGUUCAUAUCAUGCUUCGUCUCUGCUAGUAGCAUCCAGACCUCCAACUCCUGGUGUAGUUAGCCGGGCAAUUGGUCUUGAAGGUCUGACAAGUGUCUUAGCCGGUCUCUGGGGAACGGGCACUGGUUCAACCACCGUCACUGAAAAUGUUCACACAAUUGCUGUUUCCAAAAUGGGGAGCCGUAGAGCCGUGGAGUUGGGUGCUUGUGUUCUGGUCUUCCUAUCCCUUGUUGGCAAAGUUGGAGGGUUUAUUGCAUCAAUUCCUCAAGUCAUGGUCGCAUCCCUUCUCUGCUUUAUGUGGGCGAUGCUUACAGCUUUAGGCCUUUCCAAUCUACGUUACAGUGAAGCCGGGAGUUCAAGGAAUAUUAUCAUUGUCGGGUUAUCGCUCUUCUUCUCUCUUUCUGUCCCGGCUUACUUCCAGCAGUACGGCAUUUCUCCAAACUCGAAUAUAUCAGUUCCAAGUUAUUACCAACCGUACAUUGUGGCUUCACAUGGACCAUUCAAGAGCCAAUAUAAAGGGGUGAACUACGUAAUGAACACGCUCCUAUCGAUGAAUAUGGUCGUGGCUUUCAUCGUGGCUUUCAUCUUAGACAACACAGUACCAGGAAGCAUGCAAGAACGUGGAGUUUAUGUCUGGUCUGACCAUGAGACUGCAACCAGAGAACCCGCCCUCGCCAAAGACUACGAGCUGCCAUUCAGGGUUGGUCGGUUUUUCAGAUGGGUCAAAUGGGUCGGCCUCUGAAUUCACACACAUAUAUAUAUAUAUAUAUAUAAUUUGGAAAUUGAUGUAAGUUUCUUAUAAAGCUAAAUGGGUAAAUAGUUGAUGAGAACAUCUUCUUUUUUGGUUUCUUGUCAGCACGUUGGAACUUUCUUGGGUCGCAAGUUUGUGAAUUGGAGAGAUUUUGGGUGACUAAGGGAAUUUGUUUGUUGUAAGGUUUAGAUUAUGAUCGAUGCUUUUGUACGUCUGAUGUUCAUUCAAGUGCAUAUUUCGCUAUUCCA